GAUUUUCGUGCUCGCUUUCUAAACUGCUAUAGCUGUCUUAUUUAAAUCUCAUUAAAUAUACCACACAAAUAAGACCGAAUUCUGUCAACAAUUGGUUAUCAUUUAACUUUGUGAAAUGUUGCUGCGUGAACAUGCACAUGGGAUUGAUUUACAUAUUAAUUUGGGUGGUUCAGUUAGACCGAAAACACUUUUCGAACUGUCACAAACAAAAAUGUCAAAUUCACCCAACACAUUGACAGAAUUUGAAGAAAGACUACUUCCUAGGGCUCCAUAUUCUGCGGAACAGUACACGAAAUCACUGUCCAUGAUAUCACCGCUGAUAUCUGGUAAAAAGGAGGUAUUAGCGCGUAUCUGUCAUGAAUUCGUAGAAGAUUGUGUUCAGCUUGGUGGUUUGUGUUAUGUAGAGACAAGAUUUUGUCCAUUCGCUUUAAACAAUGCUUAUUUCAAUGCAGAAGAGGCUAUCCAAGUAAUUUUGGAUACAUUUAACAGAGCUGGUGCAAAGAAUAAAAUUGAAGUUCGUUCAAUUUUAACAAUUAUGGCAGAUAAACCAGAAACAGCUGAUAGAACUUUAGCUUUAGCUAAACGGUAUCAAACACAUGGAGUUGUCGGUAUAAACUGUGCAUGUGGUGAUGAAAUUUUGGGAAAAGGACCUAUCCCAAAGCAGAUUGUUAAAACAUUUCAAGAUGCUAAAAACUGUAAAAUUCAUCGUACCGUUGAUGUUGGUUGUAAGAGUUCAGCACAAAGAGUGUAUGAAGCAGUGACUGCUUUACACGCUGAACGUAUUGCUCAUGGAUAUCAAAUUCUUGAGAAUGAAAAUUUGUACCAAUAUAUAACUGAAGAAAAAGUACAUUUUGAAAUGUGUCCAUCAACAAGUGUUAUGACUGGUGCAAUAGACAUGAAGAAUCCAAAAAAUCAUCCUAUACAUCAAUUUCUCAAAGACAAAAUAAGAUUUUCUAUCAAUGCAGACUGUCCAACAUUAUCACGGAAAUGGAGUGCAGAUGAAGCUGAAUACUGUAUGAAUGAAUUAGCCGUGAAACCGAUUAGUCUAGCUAAAGCAAAUCUCAAUGCCGCGAAAGCAGCUUUUUGUACUCAAGAAGAACGUCAUGAUCUAAUAACACAUGCAAGAAUAAGGACAAGAAAUAGAAUAGUCACAAUUAAAUAG